ACUUGUCAAACUUUUGUCAAAAUUUCUAAAUCUAGCAAUUUAGAAACGAAAAAGAAAAGAAAAAGCAAAGUGAUUUCUAUUCCAUUGUGUAGGAUUUUACAUUGCACUCGGUUUGUUCGGCGUAAAGAAGGUUGUCUUCUGCGCACCGACGACUCUUGCUUCAAUUCGGUGCCAGUUUUCUACACUGCCCACACGCCAGUAGGUCGGACGGAUUAGCCAACGGGGGCGACUCUUCGGUAGGCAGUCGUCGUAGAGAGGAGUGCAAUCGCAGCGAUUACUCGACUCGCUCCAUUCGGUGCGACACCAAAACCGAUUCCGCACGGUGGUUCCUGUCCGUUGCCACGGUUCGCAUUGAUUUGUCCAUUAUCCUUGCCACAUUACGUAAGGAGAAGUGCUGCGAGGAGACAGCCUGCGGAGGGGGAGAAGGUAACGAGGCCACCGUUGAUAACACUGCUGCACACCCGCAAGAAGAGGAGUAGGAAGAGGCCGCUGGUGAAAAAGUACACUCCCGAGUCGGUUGGAUGUUUGGUUGAUGAAAGUGGUGGCAAAUAUUGCUCCAGCCCGUCAAUCCGCCCUUCUGUUGGCCAGAAGAGUGCAGCGCAAGUGUGGAGUGGCAGUGGAGUGGUAGUUCCACCGUACGCAGCUUGUUAGCACAGGUGAUCACACAUCACAGACGGCCAUCCAUCAACGAAGCGGAAACGAUUGGCGUUCGGGCGAAACGGCUGUGGCACGACCACCGAACGACGGCACGAGCGCACCAGCACCACCAGCAUGGAUAACGAUGGGCUGUCGAACGAGCAGACGGAAAAGGUGCUCCAGUUUCAGGACAUUACCGGGCUGGACGAUAUGAACGUGUGCCGCGACAUACUGAUCCGCCACCAGUGGGACCUGGAGAUCGCCUUUCAGGAGCAUUUAAACAUACGCGAGGGGCGCCCGUCGGCGUACGCCACCGAGUCCCGGGCGCCCGCCGUCAUUAACGAUCGCUUCCUGCAGCACGUGUUCUCCAGCGCCCGGACCAGCCCGUCGCGCGAGCCGGGCGGAAUUGCGGGCGUGAUCGGGUACAUGUUUAACUACAUGGUAAACUUUUGGUGCAGCGCGUUCUCGUCGCUGCUGUCGUCGAUCCUGGGGCUGUUCCGCGACCAGGAAAGCAUUCCGGCCGAUCCGCUCGGCGACGUGCUGAAGUUCAUUCAAACGUACAAUGAAAAGUACCCGGAGCAUCCGGUGUUUUACCAGGGCACGUACUCGCAGGCACUGAACGAUGCGAAGAACGAGCUGCGCUUCCUGCUAGUCUAUCUGCAUUCCGAGGCGACGUCCGAGGCGGUCGCGUUCUGUCGCGGCGCCCUGUCCGACCCGCUGGUGAUCGAGUACGUCAAUCGGCGGAUGCUGUUCUGGGGCUGCGAUAUGGCCUCGCACGAGGGCAAACGGGUGGCGACGACGGUCAGUGUCCGUACGCACCCGACCCUGCUCAUCAUCGGCAUGCGGGCGAACAAGAUGAUCAUUAUGGGCCGGCUGGAGGGUGACUGUUCGGCGGAGGAGCUGAUCCGCCGGAUGGACACGGUGGUGAACGAUAACGAGGUGUGGCUCAAUCAGGCCCGCCAGGAUCGGCUCGAGCGCGAUCUGACGCAAACGUUGCGCCAGCAGCAGGACGAAGCGUACCAGCGCUCGCUGCAGGCCGAUCAGGAGAAGCAGCGCCGGAAGCAGCAGGAGCGGGAGGAGGCGAUGCGCAUCCAGGCCGCGAUCGAGGCGGAACAGGCGGCCGAGCAGCAGCGCAAGGAGGACAUCGAACGGUUAAAGCUCGAUCUGGCCCAGCUAGUGCCUUCGGAACCGGAAGCCGGUGCGCCCGACACGAUCAGCAUAGUGUUCAAGCUGCCGAGCGGGCUGCGGUUAGAGAGAAGGUUUAGAAGCACCGACACAAUGAGGGAUAUUUACCACUUUAUUUUCUGCCACCCGGAUGCGCCCGACUCGUUCGAAAUCACCACCAACUUCCCGAAGCGCGUGAUCAAAUGUUCGGGCGACGAGCCGGGACAGACGCUGCUGCUGUCGGGGCUGAAGAACCGCGAGGUACUGUUCGUCGCCGAUCUGGAGGCGUAGUGUGAUAAAGAAGGGAUUGUCGGAACACCAUCACCACCACCACCACGACCACCACCGGCACCACCAGAAGCAAACACCGCGCGAUGUUAACACCGAUUUGCUUUUUGAACCGUUAAUGCUACUCGCGCACUGCCAGCUGCCACAGGACCGGCAGACAGGAGGAAGAAUUGGGGGGGUUCAACUCGCGAUGGUCGUGGGGAUGGCGCAACGGAUGAACCCGCAGCUACAACAUAUACACCUUGUAGUAGACGGCCACUGUGAGUGCGAUUCCUUUUUCUAGUUCUUUUCGAAAGCAAACGGAGCAGGAGGAGGGCAAGCGCAAGACAAAUCGGAGAAAAAAGGCGUUUAAUUUUUAAGAAGAUCCGUUUUCUUAGCUUGAAGCGCAACAACUUGUGUAUGUGUGUGUGUUAGUGUGUUUGUGUAGAGAAAGCACGAGGCGUGGUGGCCAACGCGGACGGCGUGCGGUGACAAAGAGAAAGAGAAAAGAGAACGUUUACAAUACCAAAUGGUAGUAAUUGUGAAUACUUAUUUGUUGCUUACGUGAAACUCUUAACACUGUACAUUCAGCUAGAAUACAGAAGCAUAAAUAGUCUC